GCCGCCUGCUGACGUUUGAUGACGUCACUUCGUCCCUCGCAGCCGGCCCCGCCCCAGUCAUCACCUCUGGCGGCCUGACCUUCACCGGCGCAUCCGCGGUCGCCGCCCCCGCGCUCCCCGUGGCCCUCCGCGCCGGCGUCGCCUCCGCGCCCGUCGCGCUGACCAAUACGCCCGCCCUCCCCGGCAGCGGCGACGGCGCGAUCGCCUUUGCGCCUGCCGACGGCGCGCCGUUCACGCCGCUCGCGAUGAUCUUGACCGAGGCGCCGGACGCCGCGUUGACCGCGUCCCUCGGGCUCCCCAGCACCGGGGAGGGCCGCGUUGUGAUCUCGUGCUUCGGGGCGGCCGGCGCUCAGCUGGCGGCGGGGACGGUGCGGCUGCUGGACGGCACGCCGGGGCGCAUCACGUUCCCGCCUACUUGCGCAGGCGCGCUCCGCGUCACUGUCGCGCCGGCGGUGAGCACAACCAGGCUCGUGCUGGACGACCUGGCAGUGACGAGCGGCGGCGCCGCCCCCGCCGCCGGCACUGCCGGGAAGCGGCGGCGGCGGCGGCAGCGGAGGCUGCGGGAGCGGCGCGGCGCCGGCGCCGGCGCCGGCGGCGCUGCGCGGCGGCUGCUGCUGGCGGAGGAAUGGGUGGUGGAGUGA